CCUUAGAUGAGGGUUUGUGUUUAUGGGAGAGUGUUUGCGUUUGUGUGUUUGCAGAAGGACAGGUUCAGGUUAAGUAGCCUGGACAGAGAUAAAACAUCUUCGUGUGGGGUUACCAGAGUAAAACCAAAGAGUUUGUGACCCAAAAGACAUUUUUCCUGAACCAGAACUGGAUUUAACUGAAAGAGAGAGAUAGGAAGAAAGAAAGAAAAGAAGAGUGUGUAACGACUGUUUGUGCUGACAGACGCUUUAACGGCUGCUCUGCGCCGCAAGAUUCGAUCCAGUCUGGCGGGCAGCAGUGAGAACUUCGCCUGUUUAUAGAUCCUGUACAAAAUGGUUCAGCCAAGGCCAUCUUUAAUUAUCCCUCUGUCUGUGGCUAUGGUUGAAGCUAACAAGCAGUCAUGAACCUCGUCCUCCUCCUCCUCCUUCAGCAGUGUGUGACAUGGUUUGAUUCCCAUAUGACCCCGUCAUCGUGAUGGCCUCCAUGGUUGCCAAUGGAACCAGAGACGGGCAGUCUCUGGUUCUCAAAGGGGUGGAUCCUGAGACCUGCAUGAUUGUUUUCAAGAACCACUGGGCUCAGGUGGUGAAGAUCCUAGAAAAGCAUGAUCCUCUGCGCAGCAGUUCCACCUUGCAGUCUUUAAACGUCAUCAGCCUUAGCACGAGUUCUAAUGGCGGCUCUCGUUUCGGUGCCAUUCCUGGAGACGAGGCGAGUGCUGUGCAGAAUUAUGUGGAGCACAUGCUGUUCCUCCUGAUUGAAGAGGAAUGCGGUCAGGAAGGCUCUAUGGGCCCCAUCCUGGAGUUUGUGGUGAUGGAGAAUGUGAUGGAGCGUCUGUUCGUGUGGAGCCUUCGAAGAGAGUUCACAGACGACAUGAAGCUGGAACAGCUGAAGAUGUACGAAAUGCUGGUGGGGCAGGCGCACCAGCCGCUGCUGCAUCACAAGCCCAUCCUGCGGCCGCUCAUGAUGCUGCUGUCCUCCUGUUCGUCCACCGCAGCGCCGGAUGUUGAAGCCGAGCUGGUUCUGCUGCUCAACCAGCUGUGCUGCAUUCUGGCUAAAGACCCAUCGGUUCUGGAGCUGUUUUUCCACACCAGCGAGGAUCAAGGAGCAACCAACUUCCUCAUAUUUUCCCUCCUCAUCCCUUUCAUCCACAGGGAGGGAACAGUGGGUCAACAGGCCAGAGACGCUCUGCUGCUCAUCAUGUCACUGUCUGCUGAGAACGAGAGAGUGGCCAAACACGUUGCAGAGAACACGUUCUUCUGUCCGGUGUUGGCCACAGGGCUGAGCGGCCUGUACUCAUCUCUUCCCACCAAACUGGAAGUUCCUAAUGAAGAGUGGCACUGCCUUCACAGGGAAGACUGGCUUCAGAUGCCGUCACUGGUCCAGUUUCUGAACUCGUUGGAGUUCUGCAACGCUGUGAUUCAGGUGGCCCACCCUUUGAUCAGAGACCAGCUGGUUGGUUACAUCUACAAUGGAUUCCUUGUGCCUGUCCUUGCACCAGCUCUACACAAGCUGACACUGGAGGAGGUGAUGGCCACCACGGCGUAUCUGGACCUCUUCCUGAGGAGCGUUUCAGAACCUGCUCUGCUGCAGACUCUCCUCUCCUUCAUUCUCCUCCACCAGCAUGAAGGCGUCCACAUCCUCGACACCCUGGUCAGCCGCAUCAACACCCCCUUUCAGUUGGGCACGGUGUCUCUGGCUCUCUUCCGCACUCUGAUUGGCUUACACUGUGAGGAUGUGAUGCUGCAGCUCAUACUGAGGUACCUGAUCCCCUGUAAUCACAUAAUGUUGAGUCAGAGGCGUGUGGUGAGGGAGAGGGACUGCUACUCAGUGUCAGCAGCCAAGAUCCUGGCUUUAACUCCGUCCUGCUGCUCUCCAGAACACAGCCCUCCUCCACUCCGACAACUGGACUCCAUUCUCUUCUCCAAAGGUCCAGAAGCAUCUGCUAACUCUGACUCCACAGAUGAGAAGGGGAGCUACUCAGCCGACGCUGACGAGAACUCCUGCACCAUUGGCUCAGAGAUCUACCUGGAUGUUAGCUACCUUCAUUACCUCCGCGACGCCCAUCUUACCAUCGGCAGCUGCAUGCAGGCUUGCCAGGUGUGGUCUGCUCUGUACGAUGGCGAGGACCCGCCUCCUGAGAAAUACCAGCAUGGGGUCCUGGAGGAGCCCUGGGUCAAGAAUCGGCAGGCGCAGGUGGCGCUCAAGAAACUUCCGCAGCUGCCGGCACCUCAGCCUCGACCCAACACAGAGCUGCCUUCUGUCACCCAGCUAGAACUGGAGUGGGAUGACAGUUACGAUGUGUGUGCGGUGCAGACUGCAGAGACUCCAGAGGAGAACAAACAGCCAUCACUACCUUUGUCUGAAACCCCAAAGCACAUCCAAGAAAUGAGGAAAACAGCCAUCAUGUUGGUCAAAGGCUCAUACAUCGAAGAAAACGAGUUUCAGGAUGAUGUCAUGGUGUACGAUCUGGUUGCCAAGAAAGACUCUAAAGAUUUUGAACGCACUAAGCACAAAUUUGGCGAGGCCCAUCCAGAAUCCGUCCAUCCAAGCCCUUCAGACGUUCCCCUCAAUAAUGGACUAAGCGCAGCACGUUCACAGAACAGUUUAGACGCAAAAUCCAAAGUCCACAUAGACUGUAAUUCAAACCUCAGAAACUCCACCACAGCUGAGCUGGGAGACGACCUGUUGUCUCAGUAUGAGGAGCUCAUUCGUACGUUGGACACAGAAGCCGCCGGAAAACUGGGAAAGUGUGACGGCGAGUCGAAGAAAGCAGUCAAACCUUUGGAGGACAGAGAGGAAGACGAGGAGAUGGACUUUACUUCCUUCUCAACUGAGUCACCGGACACUGACAAACCUCAUGCACCGUUCGGAACCAAAGUUAUUAGCACGAGCAAAAGCCACUCGGUGCCUUUCACAGGUCCCUUCAUCAGUGUGCUGCUGUCUCGACUGGAGAACAUGCUCUCUAACUCCCUGUAUGUCAACUUGCUGUUGACCGGUAUCCUGGCUCAGCUGGCGACUUACCCUCAGCCUCUGCUGCGCUCCUUCCUCCUCAACACCAACCUGGUUUUUCAGCCCACUGUCCGCUCCCUGUACCAGGUUUUGGCCACAGUUAAGAACCAGAUUGAACAGCUUGCGUCUACGAGAAAAGACUUUUCAGAGAUGAUCACUGCAGCACAGCACUGGCUGCUGGCCAGAGAGAGUAUCAUGGCAGCAGACAAAAUCACCAGCAGUGGCUCCGUCCGCAACGAGGCACAGAGGAUCCUCCAGAAUUCUCCUCCGCCCAAACCCAGAGCCAUCUCACUUGAUCGGACCGAAGUCUUCGCCACCGUCCUCUUCACAGAGUUCCUCAAAGAACUGGCAGCGAUUGCACAGGAACACUCCAUCUUAUCUUACAUUCCUAUGGAAGAGUAAAAAAAAAAUCCCAGAAGGCAUCAGUGAUGAGUCUGACUGAACUCUGAAGGUUUGAACAGACACUUUGAUGGUGGUUUUCUACUUCUCCUCAAGCACUACUUGAUGAAGGAACCUCGUAGAUUCUUUGAAUUAUGCAACUUCUUUGACGAAUAUUUAUUUUUCUGCUGCGGCGAUAAUCACUUUAAUGUGCUUUUUACUAAGUGGUGUCUUUUUUACUCGUGUUCUUUUCUCUGUUUCAGAUGAAAACUGUCAGGAGGGUUUUUCUCAUCUUUUUACCUGAAUGUCAAUCAUAAGCAGCUCACGCUGAACUGCCUGGUCAGAGUGUUGUUUUCUCUCUGUCGCAGGAUUUGACACUUUUUUUCAGCAUGAAAGUCUUUUUUUUUUUAACAAGGGAAAGAAAUUACCUUUUUUUUAAAUCCGGCAAUUUUGCCCAAAUACGAAUGUGUUUUGGGGGCAUUUUGGACCACUUCCAGGCAAUUUACCAAAUGUUCUCUCCAACCAGUCCAUCUUCUGACCAUGAAUAGUAAUGUGGCUGCGGUUUAAGCCGCCCUGAGGAGGGGCUGGGAGAAGAGUGGGCCACAGAUGUCUCUCUAGUCGUUUUUUAAGUCUGGGAGUGCAAAAUACUUUCACAGGAUCAUUAAAACCCCCACGGGGCAGGUUUAAGGGGGAGAUUGCAGGGGUAGUUCCGAGGGCUGUUUUGCACUAGGUUCGUGGCUGCUGCGGUCAAAUUCUUGUUUUUAUUUUUCUCUCGCUACUCGACUUGAUCUAUGACUAAAACAUGUCGUUUAUUUUCCUCCGUGUUUCCAUCACCGCUGUUUGUGGUGUUCGUUCAUUUUAGCAUCUCUGUGUGGAUUCAUGACGGUACCUCAGGAGUCUUUUGAUGCACAUCCUCUGUCUCUCACUACUUUUUUUUAAAGGCCUUUGGGUGGAAGGAUUUCCCCCAAACUGCACUAGUUUGUCACGUUAAUGGGACUCCACAUUUUCUACAGGCACCAGCACAAACACCCAGGACGGUACUUGUUCUGCAAGAUUUCAGGAAAGCCUUACUUUACCUACACUUUAUACUGUACAUAAUGUAAGAAAAUAAAACUAUGCAAAUAAGUAUAAUAAUUAUGCAAUAUUUUUGGUAUGAUUAACUUUAGUAUAUAUUUUUAGAAUGGGGCCGGGUAUUUAAGCUUUUUUGAGUUUGUUUUGCCAUAUUUGUCCUUCCUGUACGUCGUCACAGUCGACACGGGGGUGUAAGGGGUACGGUCGGUUUCUUUUAAAUGAAAAUUUAAAAUCAUCUCAAACUAAGGAUUGUUGGGUUAAACAUUUAUGAAUUGUUUUUAUAUUUAGUCUCCGUUGUUAUUAAAAUGAGAUACAGCAGAUCUGAACAGACAGAGAUUUUUUUUAGUUUAUUUUAAACUAUUGUUAAUUCCAGUUCAAGUUCAGGCCAGAAUCGACAUGAACACUACGAUGUUUUUAUUUAGUUUUGGACAGAAAAUAAAGGAAUACUUUAUCUAAGUCAGUGGUUCCCAAACGUUUUCUGCCACUCCCCCUCUGUAGAUGGCACUGUUGUGCAUCAACACAUUCAUAACUGUGGCUUCAAAACGUCGUCAUAUUUAAGUUAAACACAAAUUCCUUCAUAACUGAUGUUCAUGUUGAACUGAGGAAAUAAAAUGACACAAUAUUUUACCUAAGAAAAUAUUAUAAUACAUACAGUCCCCAUUUUUGGAACCACGACACACAGCCUGGUAUAAGUUAUAACUACUCUUUGUGGACAUUUGCACACUAUUACAUAAUUUGGCGUAACGAGAAAAUCUUUUCUCAUAUUCAAAAAUGAUAUAAAUGUGACUUUUGUUUUAUCAUCAGUCUGAUUUGUUGAGAACAUUUUCUACGUUGUGUAAAGAUUGUAUUCUCCAAAAAUUCUGACUAAGUUGGGAUCCAAUCAUAUCAAUGCUUUGGGGUGCUUCUGUGCUUACAACUAAUUUUAUUGUUGAAAUGGUUCAUGUGUACGAUGUAAAGCUGGAACGUUCUGAUUCCACCGAUGAUUUUU